AUGAAGGGCCUGGCGGGGAAGAAAGAAGGGGGCUCGAAGAAGCAGGCCUUGGCCACAGGGCCAGAGGGGCUCCGGGCCCCGGCAAGCCUGCUGGAGCUGCAGCUGCAGGCUCUGGAGCAGGGCGUGCGCGUGGCUGUCCCGGCUGCGGGCGUAGGCCUGUCCUCGUCUGUGCUUCGAGACUUCGUGGCAUUUUUGGAGAACUUUCUCUUGAAUGACUAUCAGCCUGUUCAGAUCCACCUCACUGAGCCUUCUAAGAAGGAAGGAAACUUCGCCGUCUCGCAAACAGCGCAAGCCUUAUUCAGCAGAGUUCCUGGCAAUGCAAAAGCAACGCCACCCAUAUGGACCGCCCCCAAGCCUUCACAGGUGCAGCUCGUUGGCAGCUGCGGCGCAGAGUUGGGGCCUCCUGCUUUUGCCCGCAACUUAGACUUGGCUUUUGAACUGCCUGCAGACGCCUUAGACAAGCGGGACUACCUGAAUUACCGUUACCUUGCGAAACGCGCCGGGCUGGUGGACGCUGUGCAUAGCCAGCUGCAGGCAGCGCUGGCUUCCCCAGAGCUCCCGAAGAAGUGGAAAUGGGCCAGUGUGUGCAAAGGCCGCCUGAAGGUGGAAGCUUCGGUGCUGCCUUGGCGCUUUGACAACACGAAGACCUUCAUAAGCCUCAGGUUCCUUCCCGUGGCAGCAGAGGCGGCCAAGCUCCCCGCUGCUGCUGCUGCUGCUGCUGCUGCUGCUGCUGCUGGAGAUGACGAAGAAACGAAAGACCGGGACCGCGCCAUCCGGCAGCUGCAGAAAUGGGAGGUGCGGCUCUUCCCAGCCUACUGCAGCGGCCUCUUCAGAGAGAAGUUUCUAAGGCCCGACGCCAACGCCGUCCGCCGCAGAACCACAGCCACUCGGGGAGUCCCAAAUUCAAGUACUGCUGAGGCGCAUCUCACAGAGGCUCAGGUCAAGGCGCUGCCCCCCACGCCUUACUACAAUGGCCUCGUGCUUGAGGACUCCCGGUUCUUUCGGCACGCGAAGAUUCUUCGAAAAUGCGCCAAAGACUUUCCUGCCUUCGCUAGCUCCGCCCUGCUCCUCAAAGCCUGGGCCAAACGCCGCGCGCUGCUGGCUAGUGCCUGCUGCGGCUUCACGCUUUCUCUGAUUCUUGCGCACGUGUGUAUGGCCUCUGCGGAUGUGGCUCGAGUGGCUACUCCGCUGCAGCUGUUCAAGUUGGCCCUGUCCUUCAUAGGACGCGCAGACUUCCAAGGUCACUUCUACUGCAUUGGAGAGGAGGCGGGGCAGCCUAAGACGGCUCUGCCGGAGGCGGCUGCAGCAGUGCUGGCUGCGGCGGUAGCUGCGCGCAACGACGCUGCAGACGCAGCUAACCUGGCCUCAGCUGCUGCUGCAGCGGGCCAGCAGCAACUUGUGCAGACUCCCCAAUGGGGCCGCAGCGAGCUCUGUGUUGGCCUCGUCGAAGACGCGUUCCUCUUCGACUCCGAAGAGAAGACAUUCAACAUUUUAUGGCGCGCUCAGUUGCACAUUCAGGAGCUCCAGCAGGAGGCGCAGAUAAGCCUGACCACGUUGGAAACUCUUGACGACCCUUUUUUGCCAUUAUUUGGUGAACAGCAGGAGCAGUUACUGCUGAAAUCGGACUUGUGGGUACAAAUUCCUUCUUUGCCUCCUCGAGGGAAUGCAUACGAUGUAGAGGCCUCGUUCCCUGUUGCCAACUACGAGCCCCCUCAGCCAGACCUGCGUCACAUAGGUCAAGGUCCACCCCACGAAGAUGCCUGUGUUGAUGCCCCUAUACAUAUAGAUCCCCCUAAAUGGGAAGCGUGUCCAGCCUUCUUAGGCGCUGGCACUGUGGCGCGCCUGCUGGUAAGAGGGCUGGGCAACCGCCUGCAGACAUUUCGCAUCCGAUUUUCGCUCGCUGGACCACCGACAGGUGCUUCGCGUGAAGGGAGCGCAGCAGACGCGUGCCCUGUGGGUUUAUUGGUCUCAAUUACGCUCAACGGGAAAGCAUACUCCCGGUUGUUAGACCGAGGGCCUCCCUUGGUGGAUUCGACAGAAUCGGCUUCGCGAACGCCAAAUGCCAUCGCUGCAGACAGCUUCAGGAAAUUCUGGGGCCCACGGUGCGAUGUGCGUCGGUUCCAAGAUGGACGCAUGCUUCACUGCGUGCUAUGGGAAAAAUUUGCUGCUUUAGAGGGACCGGCCGGGCUUGAAAGGGGCGCAGAGGGGGCUGUGGGAGCGCAAUCGCCUCCAGAACAGAUUACACGAGCGGUGCUGGAGCGCCACGCUGCUGGCAUCUGUGAGUAUUCGGCAACUUUGACGAAGACAGAGCUGUCCGCAACUCCCAGGAGACAAAAACAUCGGCGGGCAUUCAACAUACUUUGCAGCCCACUGGGUUCUAAUGGGCCUUUGUCUGAGAGGCAGAAGGCGCUUAUACGAGCAUUCGCGGAACUGAAGAAUGUGCUAUGCGCCCUGAGUUCCACUCCACUGAGCAUCAAGCAAGUUUGGCACUCGGAUGCUGCUCUGCGGCACACUGAAGUCUCCACUUCAAACAUAUGGGAAACAGAAUCAGCUGAUGCUGCCACUGUGCACUCCGUGGUGGUCCAGUUUGAAGACUCGGGCAAGUGGCCUGUGGAGCGCGAAGCUGUGUGCAAGCUGAAGGCCGCCUUCCUAGUAGCGAUGAAUGAGGAGUUGCUACGCGAUUAUUCUGUUUCAAGCAAUGUAAUGGAAUCCUAUUUAGAUGUUCAUUUUCAAUCGUUCAUCUUCCGUGUUCAAAUAUUUCACCCGAACGAAGUCAUGGAAGAGGCAAAUAUCUUCACAGACUUUUCCCUCAAGCCCAUUAUAUCUCAUCUGGGCAAAGCGGUGGUUGGCUCUGGGAGCAACGGUAAAGAGACUUUAACGUUCGUUGGUGCGUUGCCCGACGACCAGACAACGGCUAAGCAGGUCUGCGAUAUGCUACUUCAAGAAGACGUGGCACUGUUGUCUGCGAUCAACCCAUACCACAAAGAUCAAGUGUUGCACCUCCGCAGUCUUUGGUGGGCGCCGCAAGCGUCGGCACUGCUGCAUAGCCUGGCCCUGAAGCACACGGCAUUUGCAGGUGCCGUGCGACUGGCAGUUCUUUGGCUCAGCAAGCAACUGGUGGUUGGCGCGGUGCACUUUGUCGAGCAUGUUAUGGCUUUCCUCUUUGUCGAUUAUCUGCGUGCGGGUUAUGGCGAUGAGCCUCAGACUCCCCACGUGGCGUUUCUUCGGUUUCUUCAGUUUGUAAGCUCGUUUGAUUGGGAGCAUAAUGCACUGCUUGUUUCGUUUGAUCCCGCUGCUCCACUUACUGAAGAACAGCGACAAAAGAUGCAGAUAUCCUUUGAGCACUUCCGUCAUACCCCGUCUGUGCACUCGGUGAUCGAUCCACAUGGGUUCAUUCUUCCGCGGCCAAACCCCCCAUCGUUUCGUCGUCUCAUUGGAUGUGCCCGAGACUGCUUUAAAAAGAUUCGUGUCAGCUGCAUAACUUCCGCGCAGCUGGCAGCCGCAUGGGCGGGACUAUUUACAACUGACUGGCGCCAGUUUGACAUUAUUUUAAGACUGAAGGAUCCUCUGGCCACUUCGGAGGCGCGGCCAGAUGUGACAGCGCCGCAGAAGAAGAGGCGCUUCGCAAACUUAGCCUUCAACAAAGAUCCGGAGGACCACCGUAGAGAGCCCAUUACUGGUGGCCUUUUGCAGGGAGGAUCCGAAGAUUUAUCUGUCCACUUUCCUCGAGAGAAAUUCAAUCUUUCACCCACAGCCCCUGAAACAGCAGCUGUAUUGGAUGACCUGCUGUUGCGAGCUGUGGGCUCGAAGGUUUGUAUACGGAGGUAUAUAUUACUGCGGUUCCUGCGACGUCUCUUCCAGGCAUUUCCAAAUGCUUUUGUAUUGGGUCUAGACUUUGUGCAGGCUCAGCAACUAGGGGGAGGCCUGCCGGAUGCCAUAGCAUUAAAAGUGCCCCCAGUAACGCUGCUCUGCAGAUCUGUACAACCCUUAGAGGUGCUACCUCGCUUACUUGUUUGCCCGUCGUGGGAGGCACAGAAGGUGCCUAGAAGUCCUAACAACCCCAAGAAAGAAGACGGCGACAUACUUCACAAUGAGCGGGCUUUUAUGGCCGUCCUAAGUCCAGCGAUGCUACUUGGGGGCAUCAAUGCAAUCGCGGGAGGCUUGGUGAAGUCAGUGUUGCUCACCUAA